GGAAGAUUGAUAGCAUCUCUCCAAGUGCUAUGUACUUCCCCAGCUUACAUUCGAUGGGCGGAAAUUCGAUGGCCUCUCGCGAAGAAAAUAACGAUCCAAUAGAGCUGUCUCCUCGUCGCCCCGAAACACCCGCCGAAGCACAAUGCGGUUAUUCUUUCCAGGAGACCAGAAACAUGUCUACAAACGACGAGCGUAGGGCUUUUCUUGCCCCUAGCAUGGUAGAUAUCUCGGAUCAGCAGUCUCUACACCCCGCCUCAGUCUCAGAGGUAUCCUCGCCAGACUCAGAAGAAGAGCUCUCCAAGCAGAUGACCUCGAAGCUUUCUGAAAAUGAAGUUCCAAACAACGAUCCAUCAAGUACACCACUAGACAGCGGAUUAUCCGUAGAAUGGAUAUGGUCAGUGUGGUGGGUGGAGAUGUUCAGCAGCGUUCUAGCAUUAGAGUGCAUCUCUGCCAUAGUCAUUAUCCUAUCCGUUUACCGAGGACAGCCUCUACCCAACUGGCCGAAGCUUAUAUCAAUCAACUCCCUGAUCGCCGUCUUCACGGCUGUGUUCAAAGCUGCGCUCAUACUUCCUGUCGCCGAAGGCUUAGGACAGUUGAAAUGGAACUGGUUCGAUCGAUCUCAAACCCUAGGUGAUCUCGUAUUAUUUGACAAUGCGAGUCGAGGGCCGUGGGGCUCAGUUCUGCUGAUGAAGAGAUGCAUUCUCCGGCCGAAUAUUAGAGAAUACUUGGCUGGACUUGGUGCAUUCAUCACCAUUGCAGCCCUCGCAAUCGAUGCUUUUUCUCAGGCUACAAUCAAUCUUGGCUCUUGUAAUAUUACGACAGACUUUGGUAUAGCUGAAGUGUCUCGGACGAACAACUAUUCGGGCAAUCCUCAACAGCGCGACAGCUCCCUCGAUGCUGCCCCCGACACCUCGAAUCAGAAAAUGCAGAAGGCUAUCAACAAAGGUCUUGUGGACCCUCCAAAGGCUGGAGAGCUAAUAAACUUCGCCUGCACCUCUCGCAACUGCACGUUCACACAAAAUGGCGGAGGAGGCUACUUCUCGUCUCUCGGAAUCUGUUAUUCUUGUGAAGACAUUACGGACAAAGCUGUCUUCGAGCUUUUCACCAACAAAUCGGCAUCCGCUUCCAAUGUUUCGACGUGGUACCUUCCAUGGAGCAAAAAUAAAACUGACGAGAGGAUCCUCCAAGGGGAAGGCGGCGGUACACUUCUGACAAUGACACCCACACCCAGUGAGGCGUACAACAACAGCUCGCCUCCCAUUUACAGCUUCGAUAUUCUGUCGCUCACAUCUUUCAAGUGUGAUUCAUGUGGGCCUGGAAAUUCCCCGAUGAACAGAAAACCAUUUGCGGCUCAAUGCAGAAUCGACCCUUGCGUCAGAAAUUAUCAAGCCACGGUCACUGAUGGGAAUUAUACAGAAAAGGUGGAGGGCGGUGAACAGCUGUUAAAAAGACGUCCCGCAACCUUGGAUGAACCCAGGAAUGAAACUUCUUUUUCGUUACUUCCGGAAACUGUUUUGAUUGACGGCACAGAGGAAAAGUGCAAAGAAGUAGACGAAAGGACGAGUAAUUCCGUCCGAGUCGGCUUCAAGGAUGGCAUUUUCAGAGAGAUCUUUGACAACUCCACCGAGAUCUCUCACUCAGAGAAACUCACCUGGAAGAGGUACCCGCGAGAAUGCGUCUGGGUUGUAGACAGAAGCUCUUGGCGAGGGAUGAGGGAGACGAUGACUGACUUUCUGAGUGGUAAAAUGACCGCCCCAGAGGCUGAAUCAUUUCAAUGUGCCCAAGGUUCAGUCUGGGGUCAGCAACUGUUUGCAUCCGGAAACGCAUCCAUGUCGACGGUCAACAACAUGGUUGCUGGGUUGGCUGACUCAAUGACGGCUACGAUACGCAAUGAUGCCUAUGGAACAUCAGAGGAGUUGCGUAAGAACGUACCUGCUAAUCUUAAGGCGGCCACUGGGCAUGUUAUCAUCACCCAAACAUGCAUUUAUGUUCAAUGGGGCUAUAUAGCAUACCCCAUAGCCCUUCUUGCGCUGCAGUUGAUAUUUUCGACCCUGGUAUUGGUAGCGUGCAGUCAACGAAGGAGAUCCGGGGAUGGGCCAAGUCGUGCAGUCUGGAAGUCCUCGCCCCUAGCACUUCUCUUUCAUGGGCUGGAUGAGGAUCUGCAGGCCAGGAGUCAGAAUCUCGAGACUGUCAGACAGAUGAACAGCUUGGCAAACGAUGUCAAGGUUCGUUUGGUGCCGAUGAAUAAUUCUCAACGUAAAGGAUGGCACUUUGCGGGCGUCUAG